AACACCUAAACGUAGCAUCCUCAUCCUCCAGCUGUCACUUUUAUCGCACCCAAACGCUCGGUCUUUCCUUCUUUCCUCUGUGUGCGCGUAUGAACAUGUCAUUAGCAGGGAAACCUCAAUAAACUGAGCCAAAGCAGGAGCGAUGAUUACGUUUUCUAUAAAACCACACUGAGCUGUGAACACACCCCGAUAUUGUUCUGGGGGGGAAUAAUGGCUGCACAGGAACCGUCUCCACCAUCUUCCCUGGAAGGCAACAAACCGGGCUUCCCAAAGAAAAUCUUAGCCAACAACCACGAAGACAAACAUCUGUGCAACGCGUGCCAGAAAAUCCUGAGGAGGCCACUGCAAGCCCAGUGUGGUCACCGCUUCUGCUCCUUCUGUUUCAACAAAAUUGUGAGUUCGGGACCACAGAAAUGCAGUGCGUGUAUCAAAGAGGACUUGUUUGAGGACCCAACCUCAAUCCUCAAGCAAGGUGGUGCUUUUCCAGACAAUGCGGCUCGCAGAGAAGUGGAGGCCUUGGCCGCCGUGUGUCCCAACGAGGGAUGCACGUGGACCGGGACCAUCAAAGAAUUUGAGAUGAGCCACGAGGGAAACUGUGACUUCAUGAUCAUCCUGUGUCCGUCCUGUAAAGAGCUGAUGAGAGCCAAUGAACAGGAGCGCCACAACGAGAGGGAGUGUCCGGAGAGGACGCUCAACUGUAAAUACUGCAAAGAGCCUUUCCUCCUCAAGAACAUCAAGGCUCACGAUGAAAUCUGUCCCAAAUACCCGAUGAUCUGUGAAGGCUGUGCCAAGAAAAAGAUCCCCAGAGAAAAGUUUGUGGACCAUAUUAAGUUCUGCAGUAAAUUAAAAGCACCAUGCCGAUUUCAUGUUGUUGGCUGCGAUACGUCUGUGGAGAAGGAGAAGAUUCACGACCACGAGCGACUGUGCUCCUACGAGCACCUCAACCUGCUGCUUCAUUUCAUCAUGGGCAUCAAGGUGAGCCUGGAGAGUCUGCAGCCUCAGAGUCUGGAGGUGGUCAGCCACAGGCUGCACGAGCUCCACCAGUCCCUCAGGGACCUGGAGCAUAAGAUGAGCCACCUGGGUGCUGUUGCUGGUCCUAGUGCUGGUCCUAGUGCUGGUGCUGGUGCUGGUGCUGGUGUAGGCGCAUCAGCAGUAGCACCAGCAGCAGCAGCUCCAGUUCAGGGCGCGUGUGCCCCGACACUGACCACCUCCUUCACGCCGCUGCCCAGCGCUGUGGGCGCCGCGCUGGAGCUGCAGCUGCAGAGCGAGAAGACCAAGGUGGCGGAGCUGAGUCGACGCUGCCAGGAGCUGGAGCUCAAAGUCGGCACGUUCGAGAACAUCGUCUGCGUCCUCAACCGAGAGAUGGAGCGCUCCUGCGCCACCAUGGAGGCGUACAACCGGCAACACCGACUGGACCAGGACAAGAUCGAGAUCCUCAACAUCAAGGUUCGUCAGCUGGAGAGAACCGUGAGUCUCAGAGACCUGUCCAUCGUGGAGAUGGAGGGGAAGAUGAGGGAAAUGUCGGCAGCCACGUACGACGGCAUCUUCGUCUGGAAGAUCUCGGAUUUCACCAAGAAGCGCCAGGACGCCGUGGCCGGCCGAGCUCCCGCCAUGUUCUCUCCUGCCUUUUACACGAGCAAAUACGGCUACAAGAUGUGUCUGAGGAUCUAUCUGAACGGGGACGGAACAGGAAGAGGAACUCACUUGUCUCUGUUCUUUGUGGUGAUGAGAGGACACAGCGACGCUCUCCUCAAGUGGCCUUUCAAUCAGAAGGUCACGCUGAUGCUUCUCGACCAGAACAACCGCGAGCACAUCAUCGACGCCUUCAGACCUGACAUCUCGUCGUCGUCCUUCCAGAGACCCGUCAGCGACAUGAACAUCGCCAGCGGCUGCCCGCUCUUCUGCCCGCUCCCCAAACUGGACUCUAAAAACUCCUACAUACGCGACGACACCAUCUUCAUCAAGGCCAUCGUGGACCUCACGGGACUAUAGGCCGAUCCAAAUUCCCGGUCUGGUUUUUUAUGACUUAAUAACUGGCAUUUCUCUUUGGGGUCCGUUGGCAGCAAUAUGCAAAAACAGAGCAGAAAACUUACCGUUCGUUUUGGGCGCCAGUCACAGCGUAACCUCCAUAACCUCCAUAGCCAUCAAACCAUAAAACGGGGUUUUUGAAAUUUUUUUUAAAUAAAAUAAAACAGGAGUAGCUGCAGAGGUGACUGGACAAAAGUGCUUAAAACAUUAUUUGAAACAACGCAGUUAUCGUAUUGUAAAGCUAAAGACGUUCUCUUAAACCUGGUAGAAACAGCUCAUGCGUUUUAGUUCCCAUUCUUAAAUAUUAAACAAUUAUCAAUAAAUAUCACAAUUCUCAUCACAGCCACAAUAUAAUUGUUUAUACUUCAUUCAAACUGGUCAAAAAACCAUUCAAUCCCAACUUUUAACUGUUUUUGGGGAUGUAUUUAUUCGGAAUUCACUUCCAGCCACGAUUAUUUUCCAACGUACUUGGGUUUUUAUCGGUUUCGGCUGCGAUCGGCAUCAGUGGGAACGUAAAAUUUAAUCUCUGCUCUAUUUUUGCCAGAGAUUUUCACACACAUUAAUUUUUAGCUGGUUAGCCUAGCCGUUAGCCUAAAAAUUAGCCUUAAAGUCUCUAAAAAAUUGAAAAAGGUUCAUAUCUUUUAUUUCAUCAAUCGGAUCAUUUUAGCGAUCGAUUUGAAGAGAAACCGAAGUAAAAGAUGGAAAAAAAUCUGAUCUGUUUCUGGGAAGCGAUUGACCUGUUUUUUAAAAAUCCUGACUUACACACUAAAUUUAACGGAAAAACAUUCCGAGAUCUCGUUAAAGAAGCAGCUGACAUUAUCAACUUUGCAUUUCAGUUCGGUCAUGUAUGUGCGAUUUAGCCGUUUACAAGUAACUACCAAAAUUCAAGUCCCACAAAACACAAAUAAAAACUAAAAUUCCAAAGAGAACAACACUGGCAAUUUAAUAAUUAUGCUGCGGUCCUUUUUGUUCCACCAAACAAACACUGCUCCUUCUGUUGUAUUUAUAAAAUACAAUAUAGAUGUUAUCCACUGCUAUUACUAACAAUGGCUAGCUCGGUGAUGUCACUCCCAGCUCCGAACACAGCAUUAAUGUUAGCGACUUAUUUGCACAUCUAGCAGACAUGAGCGUUAGCAUGGUGGUUGUGUGUGUUGAUUUUGAUUUAGCAUGCUAACUGCCACAUUCACAAGCUAGUGGUUCGCUUUGACUGACGUAAUAAAAAAAAAACGGUCAAAUCGUGGAUUUUUCAAUGGAAACAGUUGAUUUACAAAAAGCUUUGUUUAGACGCGUGAACGCUAAAACCUUCGAUGACCAACUCCCCAGAGAAAAAUGCUCCUUAGCAUGCUAAUUCCUGCAUUCACAAGCUAGUUGUUAGCUUUGACUACAAAUCGCUUGUAGAGCAAAUUGUUUUUCCCAUUUUUUGGUGUUUUUUCAUAUUAUAUUUUUUCAAAUUUUAGAC